GAGGAGGAGGAGGAGGAGGAGGAGGAGGCGAGGGCGGUGAGGGUUAACAGCAGGAUCUAGUUUGCAGGUUCCUGUACAAACAGUGUUCACCCAAUCUCCGUUGCAGGUUGCGGUUACCACGCAGCCUGCUGUCUCGCAACCUGUACAGCCGCAGGGUACACAGCCCCAGCAGCUAGCACAGCAGCCUGUGUCACAGGGUCUACAGCCCGGAGUGAUGCAGGGACCGAGACAAACACAGUGGGUACCAAAGACGACCAUCGCCGCUCCUAAACCCUUCAUAGGGGAUAAGAGGGGCGAAGACCUCGACACGUGGUUGAGGGCAGUGCCGGUCUAUGUCAAGUGUAAGCUUACCUUGCCGCACGAGGAAGUGCUUGUGGCUACAUCCUAUCUAGAGGGUAGUGCAGCACGAUGGUUGAGCGRUUUAGUGCAACYACAGGGGUACGGUCAUGACUUCCGCGCUUGGGCAGCCCACCAGAAACUGGAGGACUUCCUCAAGAUGGUGGAAGAAAGGUGGCAUGAUCCUCAGGAGGCCCAAAAGGCCACUGAUGCGAUCUUGACACUGCACACGAGGCAGUUUAAGUCAAUAAGGGAGGCCACCGACGCUAUAGAGCGUCUGAUCUGUGUCCCUGGGGUGUGCUAUGACCCCCAAGUUUUACUCACCUCCUACCUGAGAUGCUUUCCUAUGCCUCUCAGGAAUCGGUUGGCAGGUGAGGCCAACAUCAAUGUUCACAACUUCCCCUCAUUCAGCAAGAAGGCCCUAGACCUUGAGGCGAAGAUAGGGCAUGGACAUAAUCCCACAACGGACGGAAGGAAGAAAACACUGCCUCCUAACUGGAAGGCGAAGGAUCGCAUUAUGUUUGUCGAUAACGAUGGUUCAACCAUCGAGCUAGACGACAACUUCCAGGAGGGAGUAGGUUCAGAGGCGGGCAGCGUAGAAGCUUCAGAGGGUGGAGUAGUCGCUGUCGUAGCUCAGAAAGGCGAGCUCGAUGAGCUUCGCCGGCAACUCAAGGAAUUCGUAGAGAAGGGUUGGAUCCGACCGAGUGUCUCUCCUUAUGGGUCUUCAGUACUAUUCGUACCUAAGAAGAAGGAGGGAACACUUAGGAUGUGCAUUGACUAUAGAGGCCUCAAUGCCAUCACUGUUAAGAACAGAGAGCCCCUACCGCGCAUCGACGAUUUGCUAGAUAGAGUGCAAGGGUGUCGGUACUUCAGUAAGAUAGAUAUGAAGUCCGAGUACCAUCAGAUUGCAAUCCGGCCUGAGGAUCAACACAAAACCGUUUUUCAGACCAGGUACGGUCUGUACGAGUUUGUGGUGAUGCCUUUCGGCCUUUGCAAUGCUCCUGGCACCUUUCAGCACGCUAUGAAUCGGAUAUUUCAUGACUACUUGGAUAAGUUUGCCAUCGUGUACCUCGAUGACAUACUUAUUUUUAGUAAGACUGUCGAGGAGCACGUUGCACACCUGGACAAAGUCCUCAGUCUCCUGCGACAGCACAAGUUCAAGAUCAACAGUGAGAAGUGCGAGUUUGGCCGCACCCGUGUCUUGUACUUGGGUCAUGAGAUCUCCGCGGAAGGGUUGAAGCCUGAUGACGCGAAGGUGGCCAGCAUUUGUGAUUGGCCACGUCCUCGGUCUGUGACUGAGAUGAGAUCUUUCUUAGGGAUGAUCGGCUACUAUCGCAACUUCGUGAAGAACUAUAGCAUAGUUGCCGCCCCUUUGACUGACCUGACCCGCCUUGACACCCCAUGGGAGUGGACUGAGUAAUGCGAGGCUGCUUUCAGACAUCUGAAGCAUGCGUUGACGCAUUAUGAAGUCUUGAAACUUCCUGAUCCUGACAAACC